GCGCGAACCGCGUCGGUCGGCCGGAGUGCUUAGCAGAGUCAAGACGUAAAGUAGCUUAACAACUAGCUGGGCACACCGAAGUACCGAACGUCAAUUAAAGUAGUAAGCGAAGGAUUGAGGAACGAGCGAAGAUGACUUAUACGCUGAUGCUCCUCCUGUGCACGAUAGUGGCGAGCCAGGCCCAGUAUCCGGGUCAUCCGGGUGCCGCCUAUCAUGCGGCCCCUGCGCCCCAGUAUGCGGCGCCCCCGGCUCCAGUCGGCGAAGACGGCAGUGUCGUUGACACGCCCGAGGUCGCCCAAGCCAAGGCCGCGCACUUCGCUGAGUUUGCCCGAGCGGCUGCCAGGGCCGCGGAGGACAAGUCCCAGGAACCCGGAGCCUUUGGGCCUCGAUUCUCCGGAGUCCCUCGGCCAGCGUACGCGUACUCUGGACAGGCCGUUUCAUCGACGGCUGGCGCCCCCUACUCCCAGGCCAGCUAUCCCGUGGCAUCCGCAGCCGUUCAGUUCCAACGCCCGGCUCCGAACCCCGCCUACCAUCAGCAGCAAGGGCAUUACGGCCCCGAGCCUAAGCGUUUCCAGGUGCCCGUUGGGGCGAAGGCUCCCUUUGUACCCGCACCUCUUGCUGACGACGGUACCGUAAUCGACACGCCUGAGGUCGCCGCCUUAAAGGCCGUCCGGCUCCAGGAGCUCGCUGAGGCCGAAGCCAGGGCCUAUAAAUACGGAGCUACCGACGACUUCCCCGCUGAGGGGCAAGAGCAACUUUCAUUUCCAGGACAAUACCACUCCGAGCCUCAACCUGGCCCUUACCAAGCCCCUGGUCCCAUCCCAAGGACGGCUUAUCCGGGACCCAGUACCUAUCCCGGUUCACCACAGAGUUUUGCUAGUGCGCCACGAUCGUACCAAUCGCCGGCACCGAUCUACCAGCCUCAGGCCCAGGCUUAUCAGCCUCAGAGCUACCAACCGGCUCAGAGCUAUCAAUCACAAUACUGAGACGAAAUUAAUGAAUUGGCAACCUGGGGAUAUUUACAGCACAUCCCUUCACAACAGCGUUAAUAUCUGUACAUAAUUUAGGCCGACAAUAAAUUUUUUUCUAUAAACUUUUA